UUCCAUCUGUACCAAGUCAACAGAAAGUUCCAUCUGCUUCACCCUGGAAAAGAAAAAAUAAAGUUCCAUCUGCUUCACCCCGGAAAAGAAAAAAUAAAGUUCCAUCUGUACCAUCCCAGCCAAGUCAACAAAAUGUUCCACGACACACUGGUGGUCCAUCAGCUGCUGCACAUAGUCCUUCUAGUUCAAAUUCUACCUCGAAGUCGCGGAGUAAAACUGCAAAGAAGGCCAGGACUCAAAAUCCGGCUUCCUACCAUGUUAGAUUCGAUACCUUUUGGACUGUCUGCCGUGGAUGCAACAUGCAUUUUGAGUAUCUUAAGAUGUAUUGCAACCGUACUCUUCUUUGUCUCAAUUGUAAUAAGCCAUUUAUGGCUUUGGAGAUAGCAACACCGGUAUUUUCCAAAUCAGCCAAACCGGUUCCUUGGGUUCGACGAGAGAUAUCAAACACAAGUUUCCCUUUCAAAAUGCUUGUGAUCCUAAAGGAAAAGCUGUAGCUGCUGAAAACACAGGAGCAGGACAAACCGGUCCCAGUUCUUUCGUGUAUACAUUCAUUCAGGAGGGACCCCUUCCUGAAAUGGAUUACACGGCUUGUUCUGGUCAAAAUGGUUUUGAUUUUAAUGGAAAUGCUGCAGCUGCUCAAAACCCAGGAUCAGGCCAAACUGGUCCCAGUUCUUUUGUGCAUACGAACUAUCAGUGGAGACCCCUUCCUCAAACAGCUAAUACUGGUCAAAAUGCUUUUGAUCCUAAAGGAAAAGCUGCAGCUGGCCAGUUCUUUUGUGUAUACGAACUAUCAGGGACGUCUUCCUGAAACUGCUUAUACUGUCAAAAUGGUUUUGAUUUUAAUGGAGAUACUGCUCAAUACCCAGGAGUAGGCCUAACCGAUCCCAGUUCUUUCGUGUAUACGAACUAUCAGCAGGGUCCUUUUCCUGAAACGGCUUACACUGGUCAAAAUGCUUUUGAUCCUACCGGAAAUGCUGCAGCUGCUUAAAACCCAGGAGCAGGCCAAACUGGUUCGAGUUCUUUCCUCUGUACAAACUAUCAACAGGGACCCCUUCCUGAAACGGCUUAUGCUGAUCAAAAUGCUUUUGAUCCUAAAGGCAAUGCUGCAGCUGCUCAAAACCCAGGAGCAGGCCAAACCGGUCCCAGUUCUUUCGUGUAUACAUACAAUCAGCAGAGACCCCUUCCUGAAAUGGAUUAUACGGCUUAUUCUGGUCAAAAUGGUUUCAAUUUUAAUGGAAAUGCUGCAGCUGCUCAAAACCCAGGAUCAGGCCAAACCAGUUCCAGUUCUUUUGUUUAUACAAACUAUCAGCAGGGACCCCUUCCUGAAACGGAUUAUACUGCUUAUACUGGUCAAAAUGGUUUUGAUUUUAAUGGAAAUGCUGCAGCUGCUCAAAGCCAAGGAUCAGGCCAAACCGGUCCCAGUUCUUUUUUGUAUGCAUACUAUCAGCAGGGACCCUUUCCUGAAACGGCAUACACUGGUCUAAAUGAUUUUGAUCUUAAUGAAAAUGCUGCAGCUGCUCAAAACCCAAGAGCAGGCCAAACCAGUCCUAGUUCUUUCGUGUAUGCAUACUAUCAGUAGGGACCCCUUCCUGAAACGGUUUAUACGGGUUAUACCAGUCAAAAUGGUUUUUAUUUUAAUGGUAAUGCUGCAGCUGCUCAAAACUCAGGAGCAGGCCAAACUGGUUCCAAUUUUUUCGUGUAUACAAACUAUCAGCAGCUUAUAUUGCUGCAGAGAAACCAGAUAAUGUUUUCCAGAUGGCGCAUGGUAGCUUGAAGAGACCACAUCCUGAAUUACACGCCUCUGCUAAUUUGGAUAAUUCUUUAAAAAGGUAAAACUAGAUGCUGGUGAUAGUAUGGAUACAAAGCAAACCACAAUAUGGCCCAGGGAGAUUUUGGGGCUGAACUGCUCAUGAGAAGACUUUCCGCCACUAGCUGUCUGAUACGAAUAUAGAAGGGAAAGUAUACAAAACGAGUGCUUCGGGCAGUGUUUGGAAGAAAUAAACAAAAAGAUAUAGAUGGGCAUGGUAAGGAUUAAGGAAACAAAUAUCUAGAAGAUUUUGUUUGAGUAUAUAUCUCUUUCAUUUGAUUUUGUUUGAGUAUCUCCCUUUUAUUUAGGAAAGACUCUUUUGAUUUAGGAUAGAAUAUCUCUUUCCUUAUCUCUUUCAUUCAGGAAAGAAUACCGUGGCCUCCUAUAGAUGAUAAUUGAGAUUAAAUUAGUAUUUUCUUUCAGUUAUUUAGUCAAACAGUUAGUUCAGUUUUUUUUCCAUUCAAUAUUUCAUUCAGUUCCUUUUAUUAUAUAAUUGGUGUGUGAUUAACUGAUUAUCUGCGUGAGUCGAUAGCUGUUGGAUAUUACUCUUCUGCAUCACUUUCCUUUUGGUUGCUGUCCGGCCUUUACUCUAACAUUGUCUGCCUAGCAGUAUCAGAGAUAUAACCCGAAAUUUGUUGGUGCUUAAUACUCCAAAGGAGGUUUUGAAGAAGCUAAGCGACUGAUGGUAAUAGAAAUUACUCCAGUUAUGUUAUUAGUAGUGGGAUGUCCUGACCUGUGUAUGCUUGCUGUUCAUCUAUUUUCUUUAACAAAAAACCCCUUUUGUUUGUUUAGUAAUGAAUGUGUUUUGCCAUUAUAGAAAAUUCCUUUUUAAGUCAUGACCUGACUAUACUGUUUUUCGGGGGUACAAGCUCCGUACAAUCUGUGAUUUUAUCAAUGAAUGUAAUGCAAAAAAUUGUUUUAUACUAAUGGAUUGUCUUUUAAUCUAAGCAAAGUCCAUAGUUUCGGGUUUUCAUUCCUUCCCUUCAGCUAUGUGCCUACUGUUUUCAGCUGUAAGUACUUUGAUAAAGUAUUUAGCAUAUCCUAAGAAGGAAAUUACCACUGAUUUGAUUAUGCUACUGGGCCAUCCCCAAUGCACAAUGGAUCAGAUUCCAAGUUUUGGAGGUAUGGUUCCUGUCAAAUAUCUUCAGGUAAUUAUUAUCCUCGUCAGCUAUAAUAGUUGUGUUAGUAAUUACACUCAUUUAAUGUUAUUUGCAAUUAAUCUAAUUAAUGUAACUUUUGAUAUUCUUAGAAAAAAGUAAUUAGUGGAAAACUUUUGUAAUAAUUAUAAUACUAUUAUUAGAACGAUAUUAAUUGUAUAUCCUCUUUUGGUGUGUACAAUGAGGCAGACCAUCUCAAGUAAUUAUUAGUCUGUAAAGUCUAAAAUUUUACUAUCAUCCAACUCUUGAGAACUUAAUCUGUACACUCAUUAGUGCACGCUGAUUCGUAGGGCGCGUGCUCCGUAUUUUUACUGAAUCGCCUUGGUGCGCUCCUAACAACACGGGCUUUGCCUACAAUGGACUCUGGGAUGUUCUACCUGAUGAAUGCUGUUUGGACAACAAAAUCACAAGAGCUGGUCACAAACUGUCAGAGUACUUUUGCUUGGGGGAAUGCUAACAAAAUCACCUGCAUUGUUGAUCAACCGUCGAAUGCGAACCCCUAAGAAACCCAGAAAGAGCAGGAAAGCAGAAGACCCAAAGCGAAGUUAAAGAUACCAAACAAAGUUAAGUUGGUCGAUUCUUGGUACCCAGAUUUCUUUGUGUAUACGAACUAUCAGGGACGUCUUCCUGAAACUGCUUAUACUUGUCAAAAUGGUUUUGAUGUUAAUGGAGACACUGCAGCUGCUCAAAAUCCAGGAGUAUGCCAGGCCGAUUCCAAUUCUUUUGUGUAUAUGAAAUAUUAGCAGGGUCCCUUUCCUGAAACAUCUUAUACUGGUCAAAAUGGUUUUGAUCCUAACAGAGAUGCUGCAGCUGCUCAACCCAGGAACUGGCCAAACCGGUCUGAGUUCUUUCGUGUAUACAAACUAUCAACAGGGACCCCCUCCUGAAAUGGCUUAUGCUGGUCAAAAUGCUUUUGAUCUUAAUGGAAAUGCUGCAUCUGCUCAAAACCCAGGAUCAGGCCAAGCCGGUCCUAAUUCUUUCCUGUAUACAUACUAUCAGCAGAGACCCCUUCCUGAAAUGGAUUAUACGGCUUAUACUGGUCAAAAUGGUUUUGAUUUUAAUGGAAAUGCUGCAGCUGCUCAAAACCCAGGAGCAGGCCAAACCGGUUCCAGUUCUUUUGAGUAUACAAACUAUCAGCAGGGACCCCUUUCUGAAAUGGUUUAUACUGGUCAAAAUGCUUUUGAUCCUAAUGGAAAUGUUGCAGCUGCUCAAAACCUUGGAUCAGGCCAAACUGGUCCCAGUUCUUUCGUCUAUACCUACUAUCAGCAGGGACCCCUUCCUGAAACGGAUUAUACUGGUCAAAAUGCUUUUGAUCCUUAUGGAAAUAAUGCAGCUUCUCAAAGUCCAGGAGCAGGCCAAAUCGGUCCCGGUUCUUUCUUAUAUGCAAACUGUCAGCUGGGACCCCUUCCUGAAAUGGCUUAUAUCGGUCAAAAUGCUUUUGAUCCCUAUGGAAAUGCUGCAGCUGUUCAAAACCCAGGAGCAGGCCGAAUCAGCGGUCCCAGUUCUUUCAUGUAUACAAACUAUCAGCAGGGACCCCUUCCUGAAAUGGAUUAUACUGGUCAAAAUGCUUUUGAUCCUUAUGGAAAUGAUGCAGCUUCUCAAAAUCCAGCAGCAGGCCAAAUCGGUCCCGGUUCUUUCAUAAAUACAAACUAUCAGCUGGGACCCCUUCCUGAAAUGGCUUAUAUCGGUCAAAAUGCUUUUGAUCUCUUUGGAAAUGCUGCAGCUGCUCAAAACCCAGGAGCAGACCAAAUCGGCAGUCCCAGUUCUUUCAUGUGUACAAACUAUCAGCAGGGACCCCUUCAUGAAACUGCUUAUAAUGGUCAAAAUUCUUUUGAUCCUAAAUGAAAUGAUGGUGCUGCUCUAAACCCUGGAGCAGGCCAAACCGGCGUUCCCAGUUCUUUCGUGUACACAAACUAUCUGCAGGGACCGCUUCCUGAAAUGACUUAUACCGGUCAAAAAUUCUUUUGAUCCUACUGGAAAUGAUGCAACUGCUCAAAACCCUGGAGCAGGACAAAUUGGUCCCAAUUCUUUUGUGCACACUAACUAUCAGCAGGUAACCCCUUCCGGAAACAGCUUAUACUGCUGCAGAAAAACCAGACAAUGUUUUUCAGCAGGCGUAUGGUAGCUUGAAGAGACCACAUACUGAAUCACAUGCAUCUGCUAAUUCGGAUAAAUUCUUUAAAAAGGUAAAACUUGAUGCUGGUGAUAGUAAUGGAUACAGAGCAAACAACUAUGGCCCAGGGAGAUAUUGGGGCUGAAACUGCUCAUGGAAAGUUUUUCCGCCACUAGCUGUCUAAUACGAAUACAGAAUGGAAAGUAUACAAACGAGGGCCUCGGGCUGUGUUCUGAAGAAAUCAACAGCAAGAUAUAGAUGGGCAUGAUAAGGAUUAAGGGAAUUAAUAUCUAGAAGAUUUUGUUUGAGUAUAUAUCUCUUUUAUUUGAUUUUUUGAGUAUCUCUUUUAGAUUUAGGAUAGGAUAUCUCUUUCCUUAUCUCUUUCAGUUAGGAAAAAAGAUCUCUGUUCACAUCUAUAAAAGAUGAACCUCUUGUUGGGAGAGGGCAUCUGGCAGAAGAUCACAGGUAUUGAUCGGUAAAGAUACUGUGGCCUCCUACGGAGGAUUUAAUUGAGAUUACAUUAGUAUUUUCUUUCAGUUAUUUAGUCGAACAGUUGGUAGAAUUGUUUUUUUCCAUUCAAUAUUUUAUUAAGUUCCUUUUAUUAUAUAAUUGGUGUGUGAUUAUCUGCCUGAGUCGAUAGUUGUUGGAUACUACUCAUCUGCAUCGCUUUCCUUAUGGUUGCUGUCCGUCCUUUACUCUAACACUGUUUGCCAAGCAGUACAAUUUGAACCCGAAAGUUGUUGGUGCUCAAUACUCAAAAAGGAGAUUCUGAAGAAGUUAAGCGACUCCAAUAUAUAGAUCAACCGAGGCAAAUACUUUACGGGGAUAAGUAUAGGCCGAACAACAAUGUGCAAAUGACAUGAUGGUAAUAGAAAUUAGUUAUGUUAUUAGUAGUGGGAUGUCCUGACCUGUGUAUCCUUGCUGUUCAUCUGUUUUCUUUAACAAAAACCCCCUUUUGUUUGUUUAUUAAUGAAUGCGUUUUGCUAUUAUACAACAUUCUUUCUUUAGUCAUUUACCUGACUAUACUGUUGUUCCGGGGGCACAAGCUCCGCACAAUCUGUGUUUUAUCAAUGAAAGUAAUGCAAAAAAAUAAAAAUAAAAUUGUUUUAUACUGAUGGAUUGUAUUUUAAUCUAAGCACAGCCCGUAGUUUCGGGUUGUCAUUCCUUCCCUUCAGUUAUAUGCCUACUGUUUUCAGCUGUAAGUACUUUUAAUAAAGUUUUAACAUAUCCUAAGAAGGAAAUUACCACUGAUUUGAUUAUGCUACUGGGCAUCCCCAAUGCACAGUGCAUCAGAUUCCAAGUUUUGGAAGUAUGGUUCCUGUCAAAUAUCUUCAGGUAAUUAUUAUCCUCCGCAGCAAUGAUUUGGCUUUAAGAAUUGCUAUUUUAUAUCAUUUGCCAAAUUUAAAAACAGUAAAUUACCCCUGACUUUUUUAAGGAGACUAAUUAUAAUAGUUGUGUUAGUAAUUACACUCAUUUAAUGUUGUUUGCACCUCUAAUUAAUGUAACUUUUAAUAUUCUUAUAUGAAAGUAAUUAGUGGAGAACUUUUGUAAUUAUUAUAAUACUAUUAAUUAGAAUGAUAUUAAUUGUAUGGCCUCUUUUGGUAUGUACAAUGAGGUAGAGCAUCUCAAGUAAUUAUUACUCUGUAAUAUCUAAGUCUGUAAAAUUUUACUCUCAUUAUCUCAUCCACCUGUUAAGAACUUAAUCUGAUGACUCAUUAGUGCGCCCUGAUUCGUGGGGGGCGCGCUCCGGAUUAUUACCUAAUUGCCUUGGUGUGCUCCUAACAACACGGGCUUUGCCUACAAUGGACUAUGGGAUGUUCUACGUGAUGAGUUAAACCUUUUUGUGGAUCAUUAUCACUUUUUUUGUGUGUAUCAACUGUUGCAAUCUUUAGCUUUUCUGAGACCCUUUUAUUUUCCUCUAUGAUUUUGGGACUAGAACUUGUCAACUAUAGUGAUGUUGCUAAUGGGGCUAUUUAUAAUCUAUUUUCAGAUGCGUUUUGGACAACAAAAUCGUAAGAGCUGGUCACAAACUGACAGAGUGCUUUUGCUUGUGGAAAUGCUGACAAAAUCACCUGCAUUGUUGAUCAGCCGUUGAAUCCAAACCCCUAAGAAACCUGGAAAAAGCAGCAAAGCAGAAGACCCAAAGACAAGUUAAAGAUACAAAACAAAGUUAAGUUGGUCAAUUUUUGGUAGUCAGAUUCUAAUAAAUUUAUAGUUCCAGGCCAAUGGAAUUAGUUAUUUUAAUCCAAAGAAAAUGAAUCUUUCAGAAUUAGUGGAAAGAUUGUAAACUCACUUUUCUUUCUUUAUAGUUAUGUAAAAUGCAAUUUCUGUUACAUAGAUUAAUCAUUUUAUUUUGAAAAAUUACAAAAUGACAAAAAUAACCAAUUACAUGUCAUCUUGCAUUUAAAUGCAAUUUUCCAAAAAUAAAAUGAGAGUUAAAAAAGUAACUCUGGUUAAGCUAAAUUGUGUAAUAACCAUGGUUAAUUUAUAACUCUAGUGAGAUAUUUUUGUAGUAUAAAAAUCCUGUGAAAACCCUUCAAUAGUCACAACCUUUUAUUCCAUUUACAGAUAAAUUUACAUUUCAGUAUUCUCUGAGAGAGUUUUUGACUUCUCCCCCCUUUCAAUUUGGUGCUCUUCAAGGAAAGUUCAGAAAGCAGGAGCUUUCAACUCCAGCUGAUUGAAGUUCUUAUCUUUACUGCUGCUGUCAGGUUAUGCUGAGUGCUCUUUCUGACCCUGUUAAUAGCAUAAUUAUGGAGUGCAAUAAAGAUGAAGCAACCCGGGCAAAGUUAAUUGCUGAGAGCAUGAUAGAGCAGAUGGAUUAUCUCGGUGCAAAGAAGUUAGCGCUGAAAGCUCAAGCUUUAUAUCCAGAGCUUUAUGGUAUUACACAGCUGCUGACAACCUUGGAUGUGUAUCUAUCUGGGGAGAAGAUAGAUGGGGAAGUAGAUUGGUAUCGAGUGCUAUGUGUGAACCCUUCAGAUGAUCACGAUACCAUAAAAAAGCAGUUCAGAAAGCUUGCACUAAAGCUGCACCCAGAUAAAAAUUCUUCUGUUGGGGCAGAUGGCGCAUUUAGACUCAUUUCAGAAGCCUGGAAUUUGCUAUCCAAUGAAGAAAAGAGGGUGGCAUAUAACCAAAGGAGGGGACAUGGGGGUGUCCAAAAGACUGUCCUAACAAAAACUGGUGGUCCAUCAGCACCGUGCGGGGCAUGGAAUCAUGCACAUACUCGCCCAAGUCAACAGAAUGUUCCAUCAGCUUCAACCCAGAAAAGUAAAAAGAAAGUUCCAGGACACACUGGUGGUCCAUCAGCUGCAGCACAUACUGCUGGUCCUUCUAGUUCAACUUCUACCUGGAAGUCGCGGAGUAAAAUUACAAAGAAGGCCAGGACCCAAAGAUCCGAUACAUUUUGGACUGUCUGCCGUGGAUGCAAUGUCCAUUUUGAGUAUCUUAAGAUGUAUGGCAAGCUUACUCUUCUUUGUCGCAAUUGUGAUAAGCCGUUUACUGCUUUGGAGAUAGCAACACCGGUAUUUUCUAAAUCAGCCAAACCGAUUCCUUGGGUUCGACUGGAGCCAUUAAACACAAGUUUUCCUGUUCAAAAUGCUUGUGAUCCUAAUGGAAAUGCUGCAGCUUCUCCAGGAGCAGGCCAAACUGGUCCUAGUUCUUUCGUGUAUACGAACUAUCAGCAUGGACCUUUUCCUGAAACGGCUUAUAAUGGUCAAAAUGCUUUUGAUCCCAACAGAAAUGCUGCAGCUGCUCAAAACCCAGGAGCAGGUCAGUCCGGUCCCAGUUCUUUCGCGUAUUCAAACUAUCAGCACGGACCCCUUCCUGAAAUGGCUUAUACCGGUCAAAAUGCUUUUGAUCCUUGUGGAAAUGUUGCAGCUACGCAAAACCCAGGAGCAGGCCAAACCGGUCCUAGUUCCUUCGGGUAUACAAACUAUCAGCAAGGAUUUCAGGCUUUUACCGGUCCCAGCUCCACUUCUUUCGUGUAUACAAACUAUCAGCCGGGACCAGAGGCGGAUCCACGUUGGGGCAUGGGGGGUCCUUGGGGCUAGUAACCUGGACGUCGAAGGCUCGAAACCUUCGCCGAACAUUUGUUGUUUUCCUUGGAUAUUGUUGUUUUUUUUGGAUUUUCUCAUAGCUAGACAGCUACAUUAAUUCAUUUAUUCGAUCUUUAUAGUUAAUUCAUUAGCUGGUAGAUUCAUUUA